AUGUCAUCGCGCUACGACUCCCGAACCACCACCUUUUCCCCUGAGGGGCGUCUUUAUCAGGUGGAGUACGCCGAGGAGGCCAUUUCGCAGGCCGGCACGGUCAUUGGCAUUCUCACCACCGGCGGUGUCGUGCUGGGCGCGGAAAAGGGAGUGCAGAACAGUCUCUUUGACUCGGAAAACAUGGAGGACAAUAACAUCAGCGGUGAAAAGAUGUACAAAAUUGCCAGUCACAUUGGCUGCAGUGUGGCGGGUGUAACCUCCGAUGCCUACGCGCUUCUCAACUACGCUCGACUUAGCGCGAAUCGUCAUCACUACACGUACCAAGAGCCGAUGGCUGCGGAGGAUCUUUGCCGGCUUUUAUGCGAUGAGAAGCAGUUGUAUACGCAAUACGGCGGGGUCCGCCCGUUUGGGGUUUCUUUCCUUUUGGCUGGGUGGGACCGCCACCAUGGGUACCAGCUGUACCACACGGACACCAGUGGCAACUACAACGCCUGGCGCGCCUACGCCAUUGGCCAGAACGACCAGGUGGCCCAAUCGCUGCUCAAGAGGGACUGGAAGCCUGAGCUUACGCUCGAUGAGGGGAUUGUUUUGUGCCUGCGCGUUCUGGGAAAGACGAUGGAUACCGUCAAGCUCUCAGCCGAGCGUCUUGAAGUGGCUGUCCUGCACAAGGUGCCGGCGCCUGCAACGCAGAAGUUGCUGGACCCGUACGGUGUGUUGCCAAAGACGGUGCCGGAGUUCAAGAUACUAAGAGAAACAGACCUCAAGCCGCUCAUAGCAGAAGCAGACCGCCAGCGUGAGGCAGAGGAGGCGGCAGAGGCGGAAAAGGAAAAGAAGAAGGAGCAAAAGCUGACAUCAUCGUGA